AUGGUUCCAAAAAAUAUAUUGUUCAUUUUCGUUAUUCUUUUUCACCUUAUUGGAUAUUUAAAGAAUGAGAAUAAAUGUUUCUGUCAAUUUACUGAUCAACCAGAAGGGGAACAUGAAGAUGAACACAUGGACGAUCCUUCUCCCACAAUAUUAGAAAAACAAGCAGCUCCUGAACCUAAAGCUGAUGAUGGUAAUAUAAAUAAUAAUAAUAAUAAUAAUGGAAAUUUUGAUUUUUUCAAUAAUUAUAACUUUAAUGGUGGAGAUGAUGAUGAUGACGAUGACGACGACGAUGAUGAUGAUGAAUCCAUAGAUACAACAAAUAAUGAUAAUGAUGAUAAUGAUGAUGAUGAUGACGAUGAUGAUGAUGAUGAUGAUGACGACGAUGAUGAUGACGAUGAUGAUGAAGAUGAAAUAAAUAAGCGUAAACCAGGAAAUAAAAAAAAGAAACCAAGAAAAAAGAAACCAAUUCAUUUUUAA